UGGAUAGUUGGCAGGAUGUCGUCUCGGGCGCAGCGCAGUGGGUUUUCUGAAGGCUGCGGCGCGUGCCGCAUGCCAACACCGGCGGUGACCUUGUGCGACCCUAUUAAAACAAGAUACAUCGACGAUCUCACGUAGUCACCAGAAGACACCAUGAGGUUCAUCUACACGUGUUUGUGCUUCGCCUCUGUGCUUAAGAUCGUGCUGCCGGCGCCCGCCGACGGUUUCGUGUUCCCUGAUGAUCGGAGACGGGAGAAAAAGUUGGAGCCUGUGAUUACUCCACCUGUUCUACCAGUUUUAGAGCAUUUGGAGCGUGAUCCGAGUACAUUGUUACCGCACGAGAGACGGGCUCCAGGGCCUAGUCAAGUGAAGCCGAGGUUUGGUUUCGGAGGAGGUUUUAAUGUCGCUCCCUCUGGAAAUGGGGGUUUGACUGCAAGUGUGAGCAGCAGUGCAAGUGGUCUCGGAGCCAGCCAGUCAGCAUCACAGUCGUUCUCGUUCGGAUUCAAUGAAGGGUUCAGCGCAUCUCAAUCCGCCAGCCAAGCGUCGUCGUUCAAUGGAUUCGGAAGUGGCUUCAGCGGCAGUCAGGCGAGUAGCCAAGCAGCUUCGUUCAGCGGCUCCGGGCUUUCAGGAUCGGGGGCGGCUUCGUCAGCAUCAGCACUCGGCAGUGGUUUUGGUGGGAGUGGCGGGAGUGGAAGCCAGAGCGCGUCUUCGGCUUUCGGCUUCAACUCCUUAAACGGCUUCCAGCAGCAGCAACCUGAUUACUUUGGCGAAGGCUUGCUGGACGUUAGACAUCGGGGAGUCCCCAACUUCCCCUUCCCUAACUUCGUGGGAAGAAGCAAGGGCGUUGGUGCUGCGGCCUUCCGAAGCGGGAAGAGUGGGCUCUCAUCGAGGAACAGGGACGACUUUCUAGCUGUUCUAGUUUCCGACUAAACGAUAAUAUUCUGUACCAAAAUAUGCAAGAGCAAUAGUUCCUUUACGAGACUAUAUCGACGGCGAGCGAAAACCUCGUAAGUGCAAAAUACGUAUGAAACAUUAGGUGGAAGAUAUAGCUUUGCGACAUUAUCUCCCAAAAGAAAUUUCAGCAAAAAUGCAUUUUCGAGGUUUUCACUCUAAGAAGACGGUAUGUAGAUGUAACCACAUAAUACAAAAUAGCUUUUAGUAUGAAGCCAAAACACAAACUCCUUUAAUCGUAUUCUAUGACAAGACGUGUAUUGCUUGGAACACUAGAUUACUGUCGCAACUAUUUUGUGGCCUUAAGGCAGAAUUCCGUGGAUAGCGGCUACGACAGCCGCGCGCGGCUUACGGCAGUCGUCGGCCGCGCGCGACAAUAGUCAACCUAUGAAAAUGUAUGGCACCGUUGCCGAGGUCCGCGACAGUCGCGCGCGGCCGACGAAUUUCGUGAGCCGCGCGCGGCCGUAUGCAUCUCAAUAUGGUCUAGCGCUUCAUAACAUCUAUAGAAUUUUAGUAAAACCAGAAUUGAAUUGUUUUUUAUUUAGUCGGCAAAACUUCCUUUUGUUUUCAUUACAAUACAGAUGCUUUUGAAUCAGUAUUUGGUAGUAUCUUUCAUCAUCUCUACUUUUUACAGAUAGGGUCGAUUGGUAAUCUAUUUUCAUAAUACAGCCACAGCAACACAUCAUCCUCUUCUUCUUCAAAGAUAUCAAUUAGCACUUCGACUAGAGGGAACGGACGAACAAAAUCUACUAAUUUCAACACAAUGCCGCGCGCGGCUUACAAAAUUCGUCGGCCGCGCGCGACUGUCGCGAGCCUCGGCAGCGGUGCCAUACAUUUUCAUAGGUUGACUAUUGUCGCGCGCGGCCGACGACUGUCGUAAGCCGCGCGCGGCUGCGUCAGCCGCGACCCACGGAAUUCUACCUUUAUAGUAGGUAAAAGUUGUUCGCAUGGUAGUAAAAACUUGUGGUUUUAACGUAACACUGUAUAUUGAAAAUUGAGCCAUAACUUAUCACACGUGGAUUAAUUAUGUACUGUCGUAAGAAAUUAAUGUCUCUGAAUGUUUAAUCAGUUUAGCAUUAAAAAAGCAAUAUAGUGAAGAUUUAUGGCUUAUGUGAGUCAAUUAACUAUUGGCACAAGAAAUUGAAAAAAAAAACUAUUUCUCAACUCAUUACGUAUUAGCUGCUCAAUUGCUGCGAACAUUUCUAUUUUAUUUAAAUUCGGUUACCUGUAAGUAAUGAGAUGUGCGUCAAAAAAUUGUGUAAAUAAUUAAAACAGUUGCUUGGAAAUCAAAUUAAAGUACUGCCUUUAGGUACCAAAAGCUCGUCUAAGCUGAAAUGACACGCUUCACGAGCAGGACGUAAGUAAUCGUAGUGCACCGUGAAUCAUUUCAGCUUAGCGAAUGAAAGGUAAACUUUUAUUUAUAAACAUCAACAUCAAGCAUCAACAUGUUGCCACUCGAAAACAAUUGAUGCUCAACUAAAAGACAAAUUAUGCUUGUUUCCCGCAACAUUCUUGUUGCUCGUGGCCAAACAAAAGUUUACCAUGGCUUUAAGGUUCUAGGCGUACUUAAAAUGUGGUAGUGGGCCAUAACACUUCAGCUUACCCGGGCUGUACGUGAUACGAUACUUCAUUAAAUAAUAGAUCCUACCUGCAUAGUUAGGUUUAAGAAAGUACUCGUUAAGUAGACUGCGAUUUAUUUAUUGCUUUAAUAUUUAAGUUGUUGUUUUUAAUUUAAUCAUUUUAUAAAAUAAAUAUUAUUUUAAUCAAA